CCCAGUUUCAUUGCAUGUUCUCCAAUCAAGUCUAUGUCGAGGUUUCCAGAAUGAAAGUCCUUGCAAAUUAAUCAAACAGAGAAAACAGCACUGCAAAUUAGGCUAAAACCCACUUUCAAUUUCAACCCUUUUUCGUGUUCAUCUUCUUCGUCUCGAACAACAAUGUCGUCGGUUGAAAAUCCGAGCUUACAGCAACCCCCACAAUCUCCAACACACGAACAACUUCUCGUUGGGACAGCUGGGCCAACGAGUCAACAUUUACCAGAAAAUUCUCUAGUGGGAUGGUAUAUAAUCGAUCCAACCCAGCAGCAGAUUGGCCCGUACACAAUUGCUGAAUUGAAGGAGCAUUUCCUAAACGGAUACCUGACAGAGAGUACCUUUGUAUGGGCUCAAGGAAGACCUGAUUGGCAGCCUCUUUCAUCUGUUCCCGAGUUGAUGACUGGCGUACACUGUCAUGCAACUGAACUUUCAGCUUCAGUACCUGCUAUCAAAGAUGAAGAGUUCGAGAAAUGGCAAAAGGAAGUGAAAGAGGCUGAGGCUGAAGCUGAAGCUGCGAUGCUAAAUAAUGGUUCUGCUUCAGGUGAUGUAGAUGGAGUUGAGCAAGAGAGACCCUCAACUCCACCUGACGGGGAGGAAGAAUUUACCGAUGAUGAUGGAACUACUUACAAGUGGGAUCGCAGUCUUAGAGCAUGGGUUCCUCAGGAGAACCAAGCAGAUGAAGAAGAGGGAUACAGAUUGGAAGAGAUGACAUUUGUCGAACAAGAGGAAGUUUUUCCUGUACUAACUGUAGAUGACACUCUUGCAAAUAAAGAAGACACUACUGAUGCUGGGGCAGUAGAAGAAAAGGAUACAAAACAACGUGCGAAGAGAAAAGAGCCAGAACCAAAGACUGAGAAAAAGGAAGCAAAUAAACCGCCAGACAGUUGGUUCGAGUUGAAGCAGAACACGCAUGUUUAUGUGACUGGAUUGCCAGAUGAUGUUACAAUCGAGGAAGUGGUGGAGGUUUUCUCCAAGUGUGGCAUAAUAAAGGAGGAUCCUGAGAGUAAAAAGCCCCGUGUGAAACUAUACUUCGACAAGGAGACUGGAAGAAAGAAGGGGGAUGCACUUGUUACAUAUCUAAAGGAGCCAUCAGUAGCCUUGGCGACACAACUAUUAGAUGGGGCAUCUUUCCGGCCUGGAGAGAAGAUAACUAUGUCUGUAACCCCUGCGAAGUUUGAGCAGAAAGGGGAGAGAUUUAUUCCCAAACAGACGGAUAAAAAGAAGAAAAACAAACUAAAAAGGGUUGAAGAGAAGAUGCUUGGUUGGGGUGGUCGUGAUGAUUCAAAACUUAUGAUCCCGGCUACGGUUAUCCUGAGCAACAUGUUUACAACUGCGGAAAUGAGAGAAGAGUUAAGUUUACGUGAUGAAUUGGAGGUAGAUGUCCGUGAGGAAUGUGGAAAGCUUGGUCCAGUGGAUUUCAUCAAGGUCUGUGAGAACAACCCGCACGGAGUUGUGCUAGUCAGGUACAAGGACAGAACCGAUGCUAAAAAGUGUAUAGACUUGAUGGAUGGAAGGUGGUUUGGUGGGAGGCAGAUACACGCUGUUGAAGAUGACGGUUCUGUCAAUCAUGCUGCGCUCCGGGACUAUGAUGAUGAAGGAGAACGACUCAAGAAAUUUGCUGCAGAACUUGAAGCUGAAUGAGCCAAAUAAUAUGAUUUAUGACCAACUUGUUUAGAGAAGGAUGCGAAAAUCUGCAAUUACAAAUCUAGACUUCUAGUUAAUGUAAUUAGUUUGUCAUGAAAAUUUGUAACCACUGGAUAGGAUUUGAAGUGCUAUGGAAAUGGUAGCUUAGAUGUACAUACUGGAAGGAAGUUGAAAUUUUUGUACUUUUGGCUAGAUUAAUACCUUGACAGUUGACCUAAGAUAUAUUCAUAUGCAGAUUUCCCAAUAAUGUUAACAUCUGACAAGAUUUGUAUAACAAAGUAUGUAGAGUGUGCUCA